GGCUAUUGUAUAUAAUAGUGGGGAAAAAUGAGAAAUCGGGCUUAAAAUCGUGAAGGAAUGUCAAAAUGCAUCGCUGGAAAUAAGCAAAACGUGCAUUCCGACGUCAGAUGUUUGUAUUUUCUUUUCUCUUUUUUUGUGUGCGCGAAGGGGACGUUUCAAAAUCUCUGCAACUGGAAAAGUGAGUGUAUGAUUGGCUCAUGGUGUCUGCUGCUAUCCAGAAUUUCGAAUUUCACCUGCUCUCUCCACCUUUUUUUUUUUAUUAGUUUUCCGUUUAAAGCGGGGGGGGGGCCGCGGCGAGCGCCGAUCCCGCCUUCCAGUCCGGGUCUUCAGAAGCGUCGCCGUCGCGCGAGGGCAGGAGGGGGUAGCACGUGGAUUGGCCAGAGGAGCGCGCGGAGGACGGGGGCAUUGCGCGCCGCUCUCCUCCGCGCGCAGUACAACGGGCGACGCUCGCUCGCUCGCUCGCUCGCUGGCUGCUGAGGGCGCUCCACGAGCCGUGGACGACAACACUUGAGAAUCGCUAGAAAGAGCAAACCAUGAGCGUAACGUUGCCCACCUGCCAUCCCCGCAGUGUGUUCCACCCGUUGCCAAAUAAAGCAAACCAAUAAAGGGAGUCUACUUUUUCUUCUUCCUUUUUUUUUUUUUGUUUUUGUUGUUGUUCUGUGUUUUCCCCACUCAUCAGAGCCGCGGAGCUGGACGCGUGCGAGCUGGAGGGCGGUGGCAUUUGAUUUCGCAAACUAGCAUUGCAUAGCUGGCUUUGGCACCGGUCCUGGGACCCCUUGGACCUGCCGUCGAAUUUCUUCUUUUCUUUCUUUCUUUCUUUGUUUUCUUCCAUUUUCUCGCUUUCGCCGCUUCACCCCAGCAUCAUCAUCCCUCACCUUUUUUAAUUGCGCUGAAGCACCGGCGCCGGGAAGCAGUUCAGCUGCGGCCACCGCUCCGUCUCCACAGCGCAACCGGUCAUUCAGCGUCGAGGACUUUUGCCGUCCGCUCGUCACGCGAUGGGGAGAAGAAGAAGCGAACGGCCCGUGAAAGCUGGAAUAGGACUCGCGGGAUGGUUGCUGCCGCGCGUGUGCCGAGCCGCCGGGAUCGCGCUCCUCCUGGUCCUCGCGAGCGGCGCAGUGGCGCAAGUGGAGGAUGACUUCCUGGGGCUGGGGGAGCUGCCGGAGGCCUUUCCGUCAGACCCCCCGGAGCCCCUGCCCCAUUUCCUGAUGGAGCCCGAAGAGGCCUACAUCGUCAAGAACAAGCCCGUGAACUUGUACUGCAAGGCCACGCCUGCUGCGCAGAUCUACUUCAAGUGCAACAGCGAGUGGGUUCACCAGAAGGACCACACGGUGGAGGAGCGGGUGGACGAGACCUCGGGGCUCGUGGUGCGAGAGGCCAGCAUCGAGAUCUCACGGCAGCAGGUGGAGGAACUCUUCGGUCCGGAAGAUUACUGGUGCCAGUGCGUAGCCUGGAGUUCAGCCGGCACCACCAAGAGCCGCAAGGCCCACGUUCGCAUUGCCUAUCUCAGGAAGACCUUUGAGCAGGAGCCCUUGGGGAAGGAGGUGUCCCUGGAGCAAGAGGUGCUGCUGCAGUGCCGCCCACCCGAGGGGAUCCCGGCGGCCGAGGUGGAGUGGCUAAAGAACGAGGAGGUCAUCGAUCCUGCAGACGACCGCAACUUUUACAUCACCAUUGACCACAACCUCAUCAUCAAGCAAGCGCGUCUGUCUGACACAGCCAACUAUACUUGCGUGGCCAAGAACAUCGUGGCCAAGCGGAGGAGCACCACUGCCACCGUCAUUGUUUAUGUGAAUGGUGGCUGGUCCACCUGGACAGAGUGGUCGGCGUGCAACAGCCGCUGUGGGAGGGGGUACCAGAAGCGCACGCGGAGCUGCACCAACCCUGCACCCCUCAACGGAGGGGCUUUUUGCGAGGGCCAGGGCAUCCAGAAGCUGGCCUGCACCUCCCUGUGCUCAGUGGAUGGGGUGUGGACCGAAUGGAGCAAGUGGUCCACCUGUGGCACAGAGUGCACCCACUGGCGCCGACGGGAAUGCAACGCCCCAGCGCCCAAGAAUGGGGGAAAGGACUGCGAAGGUGUGGUGCUGCAGUCCCAGAACUGCACCGACGGCCUCUGCAUGCAGAGUUCAUUAUAUCAGAUGUCUCCCGAGCCAAAACACAAGAGUGAUUUGGGAUUUUCAUCUGCACCCAGCACGGACGACGUGGCACUGUAUGUGGGCAUUGUCAUCGCCGUCAUCAUGUGCCUCGUCAUUUCUGUCAUCGUGGCCCUUUUCGUCUACCGCAAGACCCACCGCGACUUCGACUCGGACAUCAUCGACUCGUCGGCGCUCAACGGUGGCUUCCAGUCAGUCAACAUCAAGACGGCUCGAUCAGCUGACCUUAUGGCCACGCCCCCGGACCUCACCUCAGCGGCUGCCAUGUACCGUGGUCCCGUCUACGCUCUGCACGACGUGUCGGACAAGAUUCCCAUGACCAAUUCGCCGCUCUUGGACCCUCUGCCCAACCUGAAGAUCAAGGUGUACAACUCAUCCGGUCUGGUGACACCGCAGGAGGAGCUUGCUGACCUCAGCUCAAAGCUCUCGCCCAAGGUCACGCACACCCUGCUGGACAACGAAACCAUGAACCUGCGCAACCAAAGCCUGGCAAGGGGCCGGGACCCUUCCUGCACUGCCUGCGGAUCCUUCAACUCACUGGGCGGGCACCUCAUCGUGCCCAAUUCGGGUGUGAGCUUGCUGGUGCCAGCAGGAGCCAUCCCUCAGGGUCGAGUGUAUGAGAUGUAUGUGACGGUCCACAGGAAGGACAAUAUGAGGCCCCCUGUAGAGGAAUCACAGACCAUUCUAGGCCCAGUGGUGAGCUGUGGCCCCCCGGGCGCCCUCCUUACUCGUCCCGUCAUCAUCACCAUGCACCACUGUGCUGGAAACCACAGCCAGGACUGGCAGAUCCAGCUGAAGAACCGCACGUCGCAGGGCCAGUGGGAGGACGUGGUGGUGGUGGGAGAGGAGAACUUCACGACGCCCUGCUUCGUCCAGAUGGAUGAGGAGGCCUGCCACAUCCUGACGGAGACGCUGGGGACCUACUGCCUGGCAGGACAGUCUAUCAGCAAGGCUGCCACCAAGCGCCUCAAGCUGGCUGUCUUUGGGCCCAUCACCAGUACCGCCCUGGAGUACCACAUCCGAGUCUACUGCCUGGACGACACGCAGGACGCCCUCAAGGAGGUCCUUCAGAUGGAGACGCAGAUGGGCGGGAAGCUGCUGGACGAACCAAAGACCCUGAACUUCAAGGACAGCACCCACAACCUGCGCCUCUCCAUCCACGACAUCCCGCACGCGCUCUGGAAGAGCAAGCUGCUCGCCAAGUACCAGGUGCGUGCGGGAGCGGGGAGACGCGGGGGGGUUGUGCGCUGCCACGCCGCCCUUAGGGGAGCAAUGAGAAAGGCAGAGAAGAUAUGUCUUCGACAUCCUGCUGCCCCUCCCCUACAGGAGCUGGCCUUCUCGCAGGUGUGGAGCGGCUCCCAGCGCACCCUGCACUGCACCUUCACCCUGGAGCGCUUCAGCACCUCGACGGUGGAGCUCACCUGCAAACUGUGUGUGCGCCAGGUGGAGGGCGAGGGCCAGAUCUUCCAGCUCAACACCACCCUGUCCGAGGACACGCAGAGUAUUGACACAUCCUUGAUGGACCCCACCAGCAGCAUCACCACGCUGGUGGGCCCCAGCGCCUUUCGCAUCCCCCUGUCCAUCCGGCAGAAGCUGUGUGGCAGCCUGGACGCCCCCCAGACCCGCGGCAACGACUGGAGGAUGCUGGCGCACAAGCUGAACCUGGACAGGUACCUUAACUACUUCGCCACCACGUCAAGCCCAACCGGCGUGAUUCUGGAUCUGUGGGAGGCCCAGCACUUUCCCGACGGCAAUCUGAACCGCCUGGCCGCCGUGCUGGAGGAGAUGGGUCGUCAUGACAACAUCGUACCCGUGGCCGGCGAGCACUGACGCCAGGGACCCGAGCCGACCCAUCUAUCUCACCGCCAGGAGUGACACCAACAUGUCGCAGGAACGUUGCGGACACACACAGGUCAUCGUAUGGAUGAGUUGGGGGGAUUUUCCUUUGAUCUGUAUUUACAAAAACAGACAGUAAUUAGAAAAGAAGAAUAAGAAGAAAAACGGAGGAUCUUUCCUGUUAGCCUUGGCUGUACAUUCCUUGGUACAGUUUGUUUUUUAAUUUAUACAGUUUCCUAGGAAACGCUUUAUUCUGCUGUCCAUAUAUGUGGAUAAUCUCUGAGUCCAGACAUUUUUAUGGGUAGAAUAUCAGUCAAUAGGAGGGGGUCAAAGGGGGGUUUGGGGGGGACAGGUGAGCGGUGACCCCCCCACGGUCCAGGUUUAUGACGGAGAACCAAAUACAGCAUUUCCACCUUUUUGUGGCUUAUAUCAGCCUUUGCGUCUCCUGUUUCUGUCACAGUGCCCAUCCAGUAUGAUACUCUCUGCUUUUAUAUAUAUUUGAAUGAAAUUAAUUAUAUAUGUUUAAUGCAACACGUUAUGCUUGUGUGACAUUUCUUAAUUUACUGCAUUAUUUGAAUGUUUUUUUGGUGCCACUUGGUGGACAAACAUCUAGAGAAACAAGACAUUGUCAGAUAGAUACAAAAACAAUUACAAAUAUGUAUAUAUACAUCUACAUAGAGCAUUGUUAUAUCUGUAUCUUUUACUAUUUUUAGUAAUAAUCAUAAUCAAUGGUAUUAUAGUGUUUUAUUUUUUUCUGAUUUUAACAAAUCAAAACCUGCUAAAAUAAAAAUAAAAAGUAUUUGCCUUUCAUUAGGUCAUUUUGUAUACCUUAGUUUGUGUUACCGUGGUGCUACAGCUCUUGUUGGACUUUGUGGUCCAGUUACUCGGCCAUGCAGUGCCGCCUGGGUUCUCGCUGCCACGCGGUGGUCAGACAGGUGCGGUCAGCUGGACGUUACCCAGAGAACGACCUGUUCCAGGUGCACGCAGAGAUUGAGUGGGAUUUAUGCUACUCCUGAAUUGCCAAUUUGACUGAAAUAAAGGGGGGAAAAAAAGAGUUUCUUUCAUGGUGUUUUCAGCCAUAACCCCUUUUUCUGUCCCGUACACUAGAGACCUGGUGAGGUUCGUGAAACGUGCGCGACAGGAAGGGGUUACAGGGAGCAGCUGUUGAGCGUAAAGAUGUUCUCAGCAACACCUGGAUGGACCCUUCCGUGGGAUGAGGACCCACGAGUGCCGUAGGCCAGAGAGAGGGGCACCGCAAGGAAAUUACAUCAGUGUGUUGCCAAAAUUGUGAUCUUAUUUGCAAGAAUGCAAACAUUUUCAUUUUCUUAUAUGUAUUCUUUUUUUUUUCUUUUUUUUUUUUUAAUAAAAAUGAAACUAUAAAAAUUCUAUUACUGCAAUCUGAAAGGAAGCAUUUCUGGAAAAACUGCUAGGAGAAAUUCUGCAGACGUAUGUUUCCCUGCACAGAUAAAAGGGAUUCUGGAGAAUAAAUGUAAGAAAAAUAUUUCACCUGUGUGAACAUGAGAUCUGUUUUAUAUCCAUUUACACCAGUGGCACCACAGCUCACGAUUUAGUGGUGGAGCCAAACUGGUAAGGAGCCGAGCGCCUCCUUGCGGUUGCGAGUCGCUGCCACUAGAGGGCGCGCUCUGCGCAUCUCCAUCGCAGUGUGGCGCUACAGUACUGUCUUCGAAAUAUGCCUUCAACUUUGAUUUCAUUAUUCUCUGAAUAAUGGUGUCGAACAUUGCGGGGGAAAAAAAAAAUUAAAUACAAAUAAUUUAAGAGGCAAAUACCUAAGUGGUCAUUUUACAGAUUUAAAAAAAAAAAAAGUA